AUGACCUUGCCACAUGGGCUUAACCGCAGGCGGAGCUCAUCUCUAGAACGUCGUGAUCCCUAUUCUUCUCCUUCAGAAUAUUACGACGAGGAGGCGGUUAGACGCCAAUUAUUGGGAGCGCGCAAUAGAUCCAUUUCGUCUUAUAUUAAGCCUGCUCGAGACACUCAGUUCGACGCUACCAAGGGCACCUAUCCUGCUCGUCGAACCAGCCACGACGAAUACUACCAGCAACAUCAAGAACUCUUGGUGGACGUCGAUCGGACUCUGAAGGAUCUCAUUGACCGUGAGGACAUUGAUCGAAAUCAGCAGAUCACGAUCGAGGACAAUGGACCCAAGCACAUCAAUUUGGGCACCUUGGCCUCUGCGGGUUACCGAUCAGCCGAAAUCCGCGGGAAUUACAUGAUCAGUAAUCUCCUUCAGGAACUGACACUGGCACAAGACCUGGGAAAGAAGGUGGUCAAGAUACAUCGGUCCCGUCUGAGUGAAAAUCCCGUCGAUCGACUGUCACGACGCAUUAGAGAUGAGUUUUGGAGCAAUCUGACCCGGUCCCUGGAUGCGGCCACCAUCGAAAAGGCGGGCCGUGAUCCCAAAGACUGGACACCGGAUCCGCGACCUCGCAUUUACAUCCCACGUGCCUGUCCCGAACAAUUUGAGUACUAUACCCGGGUGGCUAAGGACCGCUCUGAAAUGCGAUUGGAUGUUUGUUGGUUACCCGAGGGCCCCAUCACCGCCGAAUAUGUUCGGAGUCUGAACCACGCGCCCGGCAUUUUGGCCCUGGCGAUGAAGAAGGACGUGAUCAAUGGACAGGAGACCCUGAAAGGACUCCCAUUCAUAGUUCCGGGUGGUCGAUUCAAUGAGUUGUAUGGCUGGGAUAGUUAUAUGGAAUCCAUCGGUCUGAUCGAAAAUGGGAAGGUGGAAAUGGCCAAGUCAAUGGUCAUCAACUUUGCCUUCUGUAUCCAGCAUUAUGGCAAGAUCUUGAAUGCCAAUCGCUCCUAUUACCUCACUCGAUCUCAGCCACCGUUCUUGACGGACAUGGCCCUCAAGGUCUAUGACAAGAUUAAGCACGAAGCCGGUGCCUUGGACUUUUUGCGGUUGGCCAUUAGGGCUGCGAUCAAGGAGUACUAUAACGUGUGGAUGUCGACCCCUCGUUAUGACCCGGCAACCGGGCUGUCACGUUACCGGCCUGAUGGUCUCGGGGUUCCUCCGGAGACGGAAGCGUCUCACUUUGUGCAUAUCCUGACCCCCUAUGCGAAGAAGCAUGGGAUGACGUUCCAUGAGUUUGUCCGGGCUUACAAUACCGAUCAAGUGGUGGAACCGGAGCUUGACGAGUACUUCCUGCAUGAUCGCGCGGUGCGAGAAUCAGGCCACGACACCUCGUACCGUCUUGAAGGGUGUGCCGCAAAUUUGGCCACCAUCGAUCUGAACUCAUUGCUGUACAAGUAUGAAAUUGAUAUCUCAUGGUGCAUCCGGCAAUAUUUCAAAGACCGACUGACCAUCCCCGCGGAGUUCCAGACCGAGGCCAAUCGGAAGGGCGGAUUCGAGACUUCGGCGACGUGGGAUCGGAGAGCCAGACUGCGCAAGGCUCGCAUUGACAAGUAUAUGUGGAACGAGGCCAAGGGUAUGUACUUCGACUAUGACACGGUCAACAAGAAGCGUACGGCCUAUGAGACCGCCACCACAUUCUGGGCGAUGUGGGCAGGAUGUGCAUCACCCCGUCAGGCGGCGGCGUUGGUACUCAACGCCCUGCCCAAGUUCGAUUGCUUCGGAGGGCUGGUGUCGGGAACGGAGACGUCUCGCGGAGAGGUUGGACUGGAUCGUCCCAACCGACAAUGGGACUAUCCGUUCGGUUGGGCCCCUCAGCAAAUGUUGGCGUGGGGGGGCUUCAUCAAAUACGGAUAUAUCGAAGAGGCACAACGACUGGCAUACAAAUGGUUGUACAUGGUGACCAAGGCGUUUGUCGACUUCAACGGCGUUGUGGUGGAAAAGUACAAUGUCACCCGGGAACUGGACCCUCACAAGGUGGAGGCCGAGUAUGGCAACCAAGGCUCCGACUUUAAAGGUGUCCCUAAAGAAGGAUUUGGUUGGGUCAACGCCAGCUAUGUGUACGGACUGUCUUUCAUUCCCAUGCACAUGAAACGAGCUCUGGGAACUCUCACGCCAUACGAGACCUUUGCCAAGGCCACUGAGAUCAAGUUAGGCGGGCUGGACGAUACCAUCCAGGAAGGCUCGGAUGAAUCCCGACAAGACUCAGCAGACGAGGCUGAAACUGCGAUCAGCACAAGCCCAGAGGAAUAG